GUAGCUUUGAAAGGGGAAGCAAAGAGUUUCUGAGAGAGACAGCUGCCCUUUGUGCUCUGCUAGUGACAGUGAAUUCAGCAUGGCCUGUGCAAAUAAUGUGUUCAGGGCAGGCCCUGGCAUUUACACACGGCGCUUUUCCUUCUUGUUUCCAGGAGCCCCCAGAGACGUGAAGCCAAGUGUGAGAUGGAGCACAUUUAGAUCUGCUCACUUCUUUGUCAGAAGAUCCACAGUGUCACCUGUUAAUAAACUAUUGAAGGCCCAAGUUUCCCCUCACCGUUUUGCCUCAGAUUCCAAAUUGAAUGUGCCCCUCAGUGCUGAAUAUGUGGCUCGCCCAGCUGGGGUCUGCACCAUGAUGAGACUGCCCUACCAGGAGACAGCAAAGGGCCUAGAUGCAGCAUUUAUUGGGGUCCCCUUGGAUACUGGUACCUCUAACCGACCUGGAGCAAGGUUUGGACCACGCCACAUCAGGGGUGAAUCCUCCAUGGUUCGGAGUUACAACAUUACGACAAGAUCUGCCCCGUUUGAUUCCCUCAUGGUAGCCGAUAUUGGAGACGUGAAUGUGAAUUUGUACGAUCUGAAGGACAGUUGUCGAAGAAUCCGAGAAGACUACCAGAAAAUACUGUCUGAAGGAUGUAAACCAUUAACGCUGGGCGGAGAUCACACAAUCACGUAUCCCAUUCUUCAAGCUGUGGCAGAAAAACAUGGUCCAGUGGGCUUGGUACAUGUAGACGCACACACAGAUACGGGGGACACUGCCUUAGGGGAGAAAAUCUAUCAUGGGACGCCAUUCCGACGGUGUGUAGAAGAGGGUCUCCUGGAUUGUAAGCGCGUUGUGCAAAUCGGAAUCCGAGGUUCCUCCUACAGUGCAGACCGCUAUCAGUACUGCAUUGAUCAGGGUUUCCGCGUGGUAUUGGUUGAAGAUUGCUGGUAUAAAUCUCUGGCGCCACUGAUGUCAGAAGUGAGACAGCAAAUGGGAGUGAAGCCAGUUUACAUUAGUUUUGAUAUAGAUGGCAUAGACCCGUCUUUUGCUCCUGGGACAGGAACACCAGAGAUUGCUGGGCUCACAACUAUUCAGGCUCUGGAAAUAAUCCGUGGCUGCAGGGGGCUGAAUGUCGUAGGAUGUGACCUAGUUGAAGUGGCUCCAAUUUACGAUCAGUCCGGUAAUACAGCACUAACUGCUGCUAAUCUUCUGUUUGAGAUGCUUUGCAUAUUACCCGGAGUGAAGACAUUUUAACUUUCUCAAGGUGAAAUCUGUCCAGCUAUUCCAAUCAUACUAAAGAAGAUCUAAUCCUUUUUUCUCUAUGAUUUGUGCUGGAUCGAGGAGUCACAUAACGCGUCAGAGAUUAAAACAGCUUUGUUUAAAAUGUCACUGUCCUAAAAAUUCAUAUUCAUUAAAAGGAACAUAAAACCCAAAAGGUUUCUUUCAUGAUUCAGAUAGAGAAUACAUUUUUAAAAGACUUUCCAAUUUAAUUGUAUUAUCAGUUUUUGCUUCAUUCUCUUGGUAUUCUUUGUAGGAGGUGGGGCAAUGCACUUCUGGGAGCUAGCUGAACACAUUGGUAAUCCAAUGACAAAGGGCAUAUAUGUUCAGCCAUCAUUCAGCAGCUAGUUCUCACCACCUGAGCCUACCUAGGUAUGCUUUCUCAACAAAGGAUACCAAGAGAACAAAGCAAAUUAGAUAAUAGAAGUUAAUUGAAAAGUUGUUUAAAAUUGCAUUCUCUAUUGCAAUCAUUAAAGGAGAAUUUCAGUUUAGAACUCCUUUUAAGGUGAUCACCCUAGAAUUUAUAUGCGAUUCUAGAAAAUUGUGUGUAGGUAUUGUCCAAUGCUCCCUCAAGCUGUAUAGACUAACAAGGAGAAUCCUUCACUAAAAUACAAGCAAAAAGUAGGUUUAUUUAGCACAGGAAUAUUUGUUUAAAAAAGUAACAUUUUAAAAUAGUCUAUUUCAGUUUGGCCAACAACAAUGAAUUACAAUGUUCCUUUAAAUAUAUUGUGACUUCAAAUUGACUUUAUAUUCUAUUUAAAUAAUUAUUUCAUGAUUAUCUCCAUCUGUCUUCUACUAAUAAUGCAACACAAUGACAAUAAAAAAGGUGACAAAAUGAUAUAAA